AUGAUCCAGGGGGAAUCUCAGGAGGUGACCAAGAUUGACCUAGAUGGGAUUGAGCUGCAGUCAGAGGGGCAGUCAGAGACACAGUCAGAGGACAAUGGCCGUUCCAGUAAAAGGGACACCAGACCCCCCGUGAAAGACAGGGACCCUAAAGGAGUCAACCAGAGCCUGAAGGUUACCUUCGAAGAUGUGAUCGCAGAGCCUCCCUCAGUACGCAGCUUUGACAAGGUGUGGCUUUGGAGCCAUGCUCUGUUUGAAGUGUCCAGGCUCUGGUUCUACAGGAUCAUCUCCCUCCUGCUCGCCGUACCCGUAUCUCUGGUCGCAGGAAUACUCUUCGCCCUCUUGAGCUGCCUCCACAUUUGGCUGAUCAUGCCAUGUGUCCAGCUCUUCCUGAUCAAUAUGCAUUGGGUGCAGACCAUCUGGGGCAGCGUGCUGGACAUCGCCAUCUCCCCUCUCUUUAGCAGCAUGGGAAGAUGCUGUGGGGCCAUCAAUGUCCGUCUAGCGCGAGAAUGA